GAUUGAACUACUUGCCUUCCGGUUCACGCAGAUUGGCACUAAUUCUCGAGCAUUUUGCAAAGGAAAAUGUCGUCCUCACGCUUAGUUAACCUUCGAACCGCCCGUCAAGUUAAACCUAUGUUAUCAUUAGAUAGAGCUGAGGCAAGGACCCGUGUAAUAAAUCUUUAUAAGGCUUGGUACAGACAAAUCCCUCAAAUUGCAAUUGAUUAUGAUCUUCCAAAGACACAAUCAGAAUGCAAGAAGAAGCUCAAAGAAAUGUUCAUGAAGAACAAGGACGUCAAGGACAUCAGAAUAAUUGAUGCUCUAGUUAUAAAGGGCCAGAUGGAACUGAAAGAAACUGUGCAAGUGUGGAAGCAGAAGCACGGAAUAAUGGCUUUCUGGGCCCCAACUGUUGAACCCAAGCCAAAGGAUUUCAUGGGCAAGUUCUUGGACGGUCACAACUGAAAUUUAUGUUCAGUUUUAAUCUGCUUAAUUUGUACAGAUUUAUUCUGGAAGGAAACUCAGCUACCUAAUAUUGUGUGCCACCUGAUUGACUAUGAAAAUUUUCAGGAGUUAGUUUCAAGGUUUAGAUGAUGCAUUGCAUGCUAGUCUUGAACUGAGUU